UUUCAUCUUCAUUUCACAGAGAUUAUGGAAAAGCGACGAAGCGGUGGAAGUGCUUGGACCGCUGCGAGUUGUUCAUCAGUAUGUCAACAUGUCGGAACAAUCUGUGAAAUUUUAUAACGAGACCACAGACAAGUUUGAGGAGGUGCAUGGAUGCAUACCUGCCAUGGGUUAUAGUUUUGCAGCCGGCACUAUUGACGGACCUGGUGCAUUUGCUUUCGAACAAGGAAUAACAACACCGAAUCCUUUUUGGAACCUCGUACGAAACUUUUUGGCCGCUCCUACAGAAGACGAUAUUCGCUGCCAAAGCCCGAAACCCAUUUUAUUAACCACCGGACGGGUAAGUCUAUUUCUUCGCUAGACACAUUACAAUCGC